GCAGAAAUGCACACACUGCUUCGAGGCCGACCAGGAAGAGAGGGUCCGACGGUACGCACAAGAGCGUGGUCUUAAUGUCCCGCGGUCUAGUUCGAUGGGUGGCGAGGCGGAGCAUCCUGCACAGGGCGUGGGCGAGCGAGAGGAUAGCCCACGUUCUGCGGAGGGAGGUGUUGCGAGAGAUGGGGAGGGUGGGGGUGCCGCGGAGGAGGACGAGACGAACGUCGACCUCAAGGUUGGCGUGGCUGAGGGGGAGUGGACGCCGAGGGGAGAGGGCGGCGUGCCCGAGUUCGAUCCGGUUGCUCUUCAGCAUCCUGGUGGAGGACCUCUUCUCGUGCUUCCCUCCCAUAACGAGAUCGCAAGCAUGCGAGCUGCGGAGAUCCACCGCGCGAAGUUGGGGGAGGAGUUGGAGGAGGUCGAGAGAGAGGAGGCUGUGGCGAUGGUGCAUGAUGGUGAGCAGGUUGAGAGAGAGGAGGACGUGGUAAGGACGCAGGUUGAGAGAGACGAGGACAUGGAGAGGGUGGAUUACAGUGCGCGGGUUCGGAGAGAGGAGGCCGUGGUGGGCCCACAGGUAGAGAGAGAGGAGGACGUGGUGAGGCCGCAGGUUGAGAGAGAGGAGGGCGUGGCAGGGGUAGACGAUGAUGAUGCGCAGGUUGAGAUAGGGGAGGACGUGGUGAGGGAAAAUGUUGAUGUGUUGGUUGGGGGAGAGGAGGGCAUGGUAGGGGGGGACGUCGCCCAUGGCAGAGGAAAGGGGAGCGGCCACCUUCAAGUUGACCCGAUCGUCCAAAGUUUUAUCACUGACGAGAUGGGUCCCGCACUAGCGGGUUUGACCCCGGGCACAAUGACGGCAAUGGGGGUGUCGCCAUUAGGAGAGAGGGGGGCUUCAGGGAUGGGGAUGCGAGAUUUCAUGGAGAUGUAUUUGGGGGAUCCUCCCUGCCCUUCUCACACAGAGAGAGAGGAUACAGCGCGUGCCCUAGCGGCCGCCGGCUACUCCACAGAGGAGAUCGAGCAGGCAUUCACAGGAUAUUCCGGGAGUUGUACACGAGACACGCUCCAGCAGGGGUGCGAGGAGGUACGAGAGCGACCUCAGGAGGAGCGUGAGGAUGCACUUGCUGCAGAUAUCCUCGGAGGUAGUGGUUCGUUGGUACGGUUCACGGGCCUGCAGCUGACGACGACGACGUGGGCAGUUCUUCCAUGUGUGCAGGGGUCAGGUCCUUAGGAGGUGGCAUCUGUUCAGGUACCACCGGUCAUAGUGGUCAAUUUAGGAUUAGAGCUA